AAAAAAGAAAUAUCGCGAGAUCUUAGGUUGUCUGUAGGACGUGAGUUUGUUUGUUCGAAAGUCAAAUUCACAAAUUGAUAGAGAUUGCUUUAAAAUACAAUGGCGGCGUUUUGUAGAACAGCAGCGCUGCUCCUGCAACGUACAAAUACCUCGCCUUGUAGCCGCAUUGCUGCAAGGACAUAUAGUUCAGGUGGGCAGUUCCAAUACAUCAUUGUGGACAAGAAGGGGGAGAAACAGAAUGUGGGGUUUAUUCAAUUAAACCUUCCGAAGGCGUUGAACGCCCUGUGUGAUGGACUGAUGACGGAGAUGGGACAGGCGCUUGAUGCUUUUGACGAGGAUAAGCAGAUUGGCGCUAUAGUCAUUACUGGCAGCGAUAAAGCGUUUGCAGCUGGGGCUGACAUUAAGGAGAUGCAGAACAGAAAUUUCCAGGAGUGCUAUGCUGGUAAUUUCCUGGCUCAUUGGAACAAAGUGUCUCUCGUUCGAAAACCUGUCAUUGCAGCUGUGAAUGGAUUUGCGCUGGGUGGAGGCUGUGAGUUGGCUAUGAUGUGUGACAUUAUUUACGCUGGGGAGAAGGCACAGUUUGCACAGCCAGAAAUCCUUCUGGGAACCAUUCCAGGUGCUGGAGGAACUCAAAGGCUAACAAGAGCUGUAGGCAAGUCUUUGGCUAUGGAACUGGUCCUCACUGGCGACCGGAUAUCUGCUCAAGAAGCUAAGCUGGCAGGUCUUGUAAGUAAAGUGUAUCCUGCAGACCAGGUAGUACAAGAAGCAAUCAAAUGUGGGGAAAAAAUUGCUGGCACCUCUAAACUUGUUUGUAUAAUGGCGAAGGAAGCUGUCAAUGCUGCAUUUGAGUUGACAUUAGCUGAAGGAAAUAGAAUGGAAAAGAGAUUAUUUCAUGCAACCUUUGCUACAGAUGACCGAAAGGAGGGAAUGACUGCAUUUGUGGAAAAGAGAAAAGCUGCCUUUACUGACAAGUAAAGUCCAUCAACAUUGAAAAAUUUCCUCAGAGCCUUCAGAUUCGAGGAGCCGUUCCAAAGCAGUCAUUGAAGUGGACUUCAGAGGCCUUGAAUUAAACUUCUAGGUUUGUUUUUGCUUCCCAUCAGAAGAAAAAAUAAUAAUAAAAUCAGUAUUACACAUUUUACAUUUUUUUUAUUUUUCAGUCAAAAAUACAUAUUAGAACUGAUUAUUGCUUAACAACUGACUCAUUUUAAAAACUGUAUUCUAUUUAUAUAAAUUAUCCUAAUGAAACUGUUAGACUUAACCAGUUUUAAUGGCUUUCAUUCUUUGCGUCCCCCUCUCUGAUCAAGCUGAUUGACAGUGUUCUUCACUGCUGCUGGACAGCUCUCCAGAGCCUGGGAGCCAGCUGUCAACUAGGAUCCCCAUGGUAAAAUUGUCUGAUGUCUGCACUAGAGCAUUUGUUUAGGGCUAACACAUAUAUUCUAGGCUAAUUCAGGACUAAACCCUUCACUUUCAGAUGUGGUCAUAGUUGCGUAGCCCCAAGUCCUUGUGUUCCCUAAUUAGAGGGACUUUACUCGCACAAUUUGAAUAUUGAUCAAUGUAAAAUGUAUGCUGGCUUCAGAUGAUGAAGUUAUUAAUAAAGAUUGUGACAACACCUCA